AAGUGUUGGUUUAGGAAGCUCCUCACAGCUCUUUUCAUGAUUCGGGCACGACAAUAUUAAUAUCGAUUACGGGAACCGCUGGUCAGUUGAUUUUGUAAUGACGUCACCCAUAGCAACUGCAAAAAACAAAAAUGGCGGACGAAGAAGGUGCUUACUAUCUAGAACAGGUGACAGUAGUAGAAGACAGUGAUGACGAGUUUGCCUAUGAAGAGGUUCCAUUGGAAGAUGAGUAUUCUGUAACCGGUGGAGAUGAGGAUUUGGAAACAGCUUUUAAAACAGUGCAAGAAAAGACUAGUGAUGAAUUGUUGGGGCAAAAGACUGAGCCAGCAAAACCUACAGUUACAACGAGACCUGAGAUUGUGGAAGACUUUGUACGGAAUUUUCUUGUUAAAAUGGGAAUGACAAGAACACUGGACUGUUUUCAGACUGAGUGGUAUGAAUUGCUUCAGAAAGGAUUGCUUAAUGAAGAGGAUGUGAGAGUUGUACCAGACAUUUAUAUGAAAAACCAGCAAUUGGAUGACAUGGUGUCUCAUCUCCGCCAAGAAGUAAAUAAAUUCAAGGAAGCUGCAGAAAACGCAAAGCAGACUUUUGUCAGGUUAAGGAAAGAACGGGAUUUUCAUCGGAUGCACCACAAGAGAGUUGUUCAAGAAAAGAACAGACUUAUAACUGAUAUUAAAAGACUCAAGAAGCAUUAUUCUUCAUAUGAACCCACCCUUCAGACUCUGAAACACAAAUAUGAGGUGGCCAUGAAGGAGAAGAUGUUGACCAAACUUGAAAGAGACAGAGCUGUUGGACAGAUGACCGGGCUUCAGACAACUCUUCAUCAAGUUGGAGGGAACCAAGCAGAGCUCACUCAAGCUGAAGGAGGAGAGAUUCAGAAAAAAGUGGCCCAGUAUCGCCCUUCAGCUGGACCGAAGAAGGAAGCUGAUCCUCAUUUGAUGGCUCAGAGCAAACAUCCAAAGGAUUCAGAAUUCCCUGCUGACAGUCGAGUCAAUCCUCAGCUAGCACACCACAGGGGCCCGUCCGCUCACUUGACCCGCUCAGGAGGCUUCAGAUUGACACACACCUUCGCUGCUCAUAACUUACCAGUCAGCGGAUUAGCUCUGCAUCCUAGAAAACAAGUAUUAGCCACAGUAAGUGAUGAUUGGAGCUGGAAGAUGUGGGCUGUGCCAAGUGGGGACAUCAUUAUGACUGGCGAAGGUCACAAGGAUUGGCUUUCCAACUGUGACUUUCACCCUGGGGGUGCUCGUCUGGCCACUUCGUCCGGUGAUGGGACAGUUAAGAUCUGGGAUUUUUCCAAAGCGGAAUGUGUGCUGACCUUUACUGACCACACCCACGCGGUAUGGGGUUGUUCCUGGCACUCGUGUGGUGAUUUCUUGGCCUCAUGUUCCAUGGACAACACUUCUAAAGUCUGGGAUGUCAACAGUGAGCGCUGCCGACACACCCUGCGCGGUCAUGCUGACUCUGUAAACAGCAUAGUGUUCCUUCCAUAUUCUAACACGUUGUUGACCUGUUCUGCUGACAAGACGCUGUCUCUAUGGGACGCGAGAACGGGACUCUGCGCUCAGACGUUCUAUGGACACAUGCAUUCCUGCAAUCACGUGGUAUUUAAUCUAAAGGGUGAUACUGUUGCCUCGUGUGAUGCAUAUGGUGUUGUCAAAAUGUGGGACGUGCGAACUGUAGCUUGCAUGACAACUGUAGAUCUCGGGCCUCACCCGGCCAACCGCCUGGACUUUGACCCAAGUGGCACGGUCCUUGGAGUCGCAAGUAAUGAUGGGACGGUCAAGAUGAUUGAGGUGGCAACAGGCCAGGCUACUGAGCUCACUGCGCAUGAAGAUGCAGUACAGAGUGUAUUGUUCGACCUUAUCGGGGAGUUUUUGGUCAGCGGUGGUUCAGACGGAACUGUGCGAAUAUGGUCAUAAAACAAAAGUCGAAAAUCGACUUGUAAAUACUGUAUAUAACUUCAAUAAUGGCUGGCUAACUUUGGGAUUUUUGUAGCAAGGAGGAUUGUUUCCUUUGCGAGUGGCUUUUAGGGUAAUAGUUGUCAUGUUAACAGCACGUUGAAAUAAAAACCAUGCCCAGUUUAGUGGACUUAACGUUGUGAUUGAAAACGCGGCUGACUACCUGUAGCGAUGUCUUAACAUUGUGUUGUGCUGUACAACGUUUUUAUGAAAUAAAUGCGUUGGUUUACUGCUUGUGAAUCCUGUUGAAAAGGUUUGUUUCGUGUAAUAUAACUAGAAUUUACAUCAGAAAAGAGAAAAAAUAUGUAAUAAAGUCUAGUUAUUUGUAGGCUCAUCUAACUUUACAAUGCAUGGCCAUCCAUGUAAAGGCCUGCUGUUUUCGUUUGAAAUAAAAAACAGUUGAUUUUUU